UCAGAAAGUUAACCUAAAAAUGAAGAGUAAAUAAAUCUUUGUCUAACAAAUAAACAGAAAAACGGAUUUUACAUUAUAUUUAAGAAAAAUACAAUUAAAAACAUUAUUCCUUUCAAUACAAUUAAAUGAGUUAAUGGAGAAACUAGCAAUAAUAGUGUUAAUAGUUCUGUCCCUGAUAAACUACACCGUUGAAAAUGUGAACGAGACCGUAGUGAACUGCAGCACUUUGAGAAUGGGACAAUUUUUAUGCCCAGACCCAGAUUACGACUUAAUAGAUCCAAAAACGCAACAAAUAAGAGGAUGCACGAAGGAAAACAAGGCUAAAAUUCGUUGUAUAGUUGUAGAAGGACUAGUUUGUUCAGAGAGCCAUAACAGAACGUUUCUCAGAGAAGUACCUUGUAAAUGGACAAAUGGCUAUUCAUAUGAAACAGCUCUCUUACUGUCCAUAUUCUUAGGCAUGUUCGGAAUAGAUCGAUUUUACUUGGGUUAUCCGGCCAUAGGCUUAGCUAAAUUCUGUACCUUGGGCUUUAUGUUUCUGGGUCAAUUGGUCGAUAUAAUAUUAAUAGCCACCCAAACUGUGGGACCAGCCGAUGGCUCGGCUUACGUUAUUCCAUACUAUGGAGCCGUGGUUGAAGUUAUAAGAAGUGAUAAUACAACCUAUAGAUUAAGACGAGACGAUUGGUAGGACGUAGGACUAGAUAAAAUAAGUGAAUUUUAUGAUUGCAUUGUAAAUAGAGUUGAUUAAAAAUUUGUUAAGUUAUUAA